UUUUUUUUUUCCACCCUCCCUUCUAGUCUUUUCUUCAUAGUAUGUUUCGACCCUUUUUUCAACGCUCUUCUACUUUCUUACCAUCUUUAUUAAAGUCAACUCAUUCUCGUCUUUGUUAUCCUCUUAUUCAUCAACAACGUCUUUUAUCAACGUCUAUUCUGUUAAAAAGGACUGCUUUACUGUCAAUACCAUCUAUCUAUCAACAAAGACCAUUUAGUAUUAGUUGUCCUCGUUUAACUAAUGGCGAUGUGGAUCCCGAUCUUGUUCAUUUAUUAGAAGAAGAAUUGAAAUUCGAAAAAAGUGAUGAUAAAGAUGAGCCACCUGCUUUUAUAAAAGAAUUUUUAGAUACAAACUUAUUUCAUAUUGAUGAUAGACCAGGUCAUGAUAAAGUAAUUUUAUCACGUACUUUUGGAAAUGAAAAAAUCAAUGUUAUUUUCUCUAUUUCAGAUAUUAAUAAACCAAGCGAGACAGAAAAAGAAAUUACAACUGAUGAUGUUGAUGAUGAUGGCAGUGAAAAAAUAAUAAAAAAGAAAGAUGAUAGUGUAGAUCAAGAUUUGGAAGAUGCUGCUUUUCCUGUUCGAGCCACUAUUUUGAUCCAAAAAGAAGGAGUCAGGGGGGCUUUAGUGCUUCAUACAGUUGCACAAGAUGGUUAUUUAAACAUUAAUUCUACUCGUUUCUUUAAAGAUGAGAUUAAAAAUAUAACAGACUUUCAUAAUGAGCAUCAAUUGGAAGAAAAGGAUUCCUACAUGGGACCUAAUUUUGAUGAAUUGAAUGACGAUAUUCAAACAACAUUUAGUCAAUAUCUAGAAGAACGUGGUAUUAACACUGCUUUAGCGACCUUUUUACCAGAUUAUGUAGAUUAUAAAGAACAAAAGGAAUAUGAAAUCGUAAUCUCCAAUUAAGGAUGAUUCUUUGGAAAUGUCACUUGGUUGAAUAUCUUCAUUCUCAUCACUUGAUAAUUCUUCUUGACUACUAGUAUAGUCACUUGCAUCGCUCGCAUCUGAGCUAUCUGUGUUUUCUUGAAUUUCAUUUUCAUAAUGUUGAUCGUUUAUGAUCAUAAUAGGUCGAAUAAAUGGUUCUGCUGUUUCUGGUAAAGUAAAAUGAAACUCUAAUGUUUUUCCUCUCUAACAUUCU